UUUUUUUUUUUGAGACGGAGUUUUGCUCUUGUCACCCAGGCUGGAGUGCAAUGGCGCGAUCUCGGCUCACUGCAACCUCCGCCUCCUGGGUUCAGGCAAUUCUCCUGCCUCAGCCUCCUGAGUAGCUGCGAUUACAGGCAGACGCCACCAUGCCCAGCUAAUUUUUUGUAUUUUUAGUAGAGACGGGGUUUCACCUUGUUGACCGGGAUGGUCUCGAUCUCUUGACCUCGUGAUCCACCCGUCUCGGCCUCCCAAAGUGCUGGGAUUGCAGGCUUGAGCCACUGUGCCUGGCCGAGAAACACUUUCUAACGUGCUCGUGGGUGGAGGGGUUUGGGGUGUGUGGCUGUAGGUGGAGCUGUGACUGUCACCUCCCCCACAGGAAGCCAUGGGGACAGGGUUGGGGGGGGUUGCUGGCAAGCGUGCUGGGUCUCUGCAGCAGCAUGGAGGCCUGUGUGUCUUCACUGCUGGUGUUGGCCCUGGGGGCCCUGUCGGCAGGCAGCUCCUUUGCAGCCCAGAUCAUCGGGGGCCAGGAGGUGGCCCCCCACUCACGCCCAUACAUGGCCUCGCUGCAGAGGAACGGCUCCCACCUGUGCGGGGGGGUCCUGGUGCACGUAAAGUGGGUGCUGACAGCCGCACACUGCCUGCCCCAGCGGACGGCCGGGCUGAGGUUGGUGCUGGGGCUCCACGCCCUGGACGGCCCCGGCCUUGCCUUCCACAUCAAGUCAAUCGUCCAGCACCCUGACUACAGGCCAGACCCUGACCUGGAGAAUGACCUCGCUCUGCUUAAGCUGGAAAGGAAAGUGAGGCCCAGCCGGAUCAUCCGGCCCCUGGCCUUGCCCAGUAAGCCACAGGUGGUCACUGCGGGGGCCCGGUGCAGUGUGGCUGGCUGGGGGCUGACCCAGCAGGGUGGGCACCUGGCCCAGGUGCUGCAGGAGCUGGGUGUCCACGUGCUGGACACACGCAUGUGCAACAAUAGCCGCUUCUGGAAUGGAAGCCUCUUCCCCAACAUGGUCUGCCUGGCAGCUGCCUCCAAGAAUCAAGCUCCCUGCAAGGGUGACUCAGGUGGGCCCCUGGUGUGUGGCAAACGCCGGGUGGUGGCCGGGGUCCUGUCCUUCAGCUCCAGGAUCUGCGCCAACACCUUCAAGCCCCCAGUGGCCACCACUGUGGCACCUUACAUGCCCUGGAUCAGAAGGGUCACCCGGCUGAUGCCCUGGGGUGAUGGGGACCCCCCUCACUCUCUCCAGAGGACCCUACCCCUCCAGGGUGCAACAGAAUUGGGGGGAAUGGGUGGGAGGGGCAGGGAGAGGACCAAUAAAUCGUAAUGAAGCAACGCUCAGAGCCUGCCUGGGUCCGGCUCACCUCUGCCCACGCUGCCUGUGUGGCCUCUGACAGACUUGUUUCCCUGCUUUAAAAACGGAUGUCGUGGCUGGGGGCGGUGGCUCACGCCCGUAAUCCCAGCACUUUGGAGGCCGAGGCAGGUGGUUCACCUGAGGUCAGGAGUUCACGACCAUCCUGGCCAACACGGUGAAACCCCGUCUCUACUAAAAAUACAAAAAUUAGCCAGGUUCAUGAGCCAGGUGCGGUGGCUCACACCUGUAAUCCUAGCAUUUUG